GCCACAACGGACGUCAUUUAGACGCUGGUGUAUUCCAACCUAAAUGUUCGUAUGCCCUAUGCCUCGAAACGCGCGUUAAAAUAUUUCGACGCACAAUCAGCAUUAUACACAAUCGAGUAUUGUAAAUUGUACAUACGUCCACUUCUCGAUAAGUAAAUGUAUCGUUAAGAAAUUAAAAAGGAAUGUCCAAAAAUAUAGACCCUGAAUUGUUAAUUAGUAUAAUAGAAAGAAAACCCAUAAUAUGGGAUACCUCGAUUGAAGAAUAUAAAGAUAAGCAUAAAAAAAAUGCAGCUUGGGUUGAAGUCUGUUGUUAUCUGAUACAAAAUUUUGAAGCAAAAGAUGAAGCACAGCAAAAAUUAAUUAUACAAGAUACAAUGUCAAAAUGGAGAGCAAUCCGAGAUAAUUAUGUACGAAGCUUAAAGAAACAAGCCCAAAAAUCGAAUUCUGAAAAUGGUUAUAAAAGGAUACGACCUUAUACCUAUGCUGAUCAAUUAUCUUUUUUAAAAAGAAGUAUAGAAUUACGAAUUAAUGAAUCUAAUCUUGAAAACAGUACAAAUGAAAUAGACUACGAUAGAACAUGGAAUAUAGAUGAAAUUAAGAAAGAAGAUAUUGCUCCUGAUAUAAGUGAUGAAAUAGUUACUCCUCCAACAAUUAAUGUUAUAACUACAGCAAAACGGAAAAGAUCUGAUACUGAUGGUGCAUCAAUGGAUUUUAUAGAUGCUCACAAAACGAUAAAAAAUCCACUUCAAGAAGAUGAAGAUUUAGCAUUCUUUUAUUCGCUACUUCCAUCAGUUCGAAGUUUAAAUAUGGAUCAAAAAUUAACAUUUCGUUUACAAACGUUACAACUUUUAUAUAAUUUAAGAAACUCAUCCAUCCAUAUACCUAUUCAUCCCUCAACUCAUAUAAACACUACAAAUUAAUAUUGUUUUUGAUACUAAAUUGCAAUUUUCAUAUCGUUAAUCUUUAUCCCAAAUUAAACUACAUGAUCUCAUAAGAAUAAAUAU